CGGUCACACGUGGGUGAAAUUGCAUGCCCUUAUACGCGCAAUUGUUUGAAGCGUGCCUCCCGCGCGCAACGAGAAACGUUAAGGAUCAGCUCUCGAGAGCGACCGACUGAUAACCCACGAAGAUCUCUCUCCGUCCAAGGACCCGGCGCAGCGACAUUGCUUAAACGACACUGCGCGGGUCAAAAGCACAAGUGAUAUUUCUAAUAGUUAACGCGUCAGAGAGGAGCCGAAACCAUCGCGAAAUCCUCCGUAUACUCUUUGUAUAUACAACAAAUGUCGGAUACUCGUUCCAGUGCUAAGUCCAAGUGACGCGGAAGUGUGUUCAACGCAUCUCACUCAUAAUCUCGACGAUCGCGCGAAUCGGCUGGACCAGGACGCAGGACCGACCGAGAUAACGGCUGAGUGCGUGUGUGCGUGUGCGCGUGCGUGUGCGCGUGCGUGUGCGUGUGCGUGUGCGUUUGCGUCUGUGUGCGCAACAUGAGAGUGGCCAGGCAGCAUCCACUGCAUCUGCAAAUACCGGCCCGCAACAACAAUGGCAAGUUCCCGGUCGGUUUCAAUGGUAGUCAGGACAUCGUCCAUCAACAGCCGUCACCGCAGCAACAGCAGCCGGCCAGCGACGAGAGCAGCGCGGUGGUGCCGCCGAGCUGCGUCUUUCCCAGCUGCGAGUCGGUGCUCGCCGACCUUCACGGGGGUCCGACCAUACUGGGGGAUCGAUUCCUGCUUCUUGGUCCGGCCGAGGGUAGCGCUCUUUAUCGGUGCGUCGACGUCCACAACGGUCAGCAACUUGUCGCCAAGGCGCUGACCGUGGGCGACAAAGGUUGCGAAGCGUUGCUGCAGGCCCACCUUCGUCUGGAGGGCACCGGCGCGGCGAGCGGCGUGGCUGGCGUGGUGGAGGCACCUGGAGGCCGGCGCUAUCUCCUCUUGGAGGGCCAUCACGGUGAUUUACACGCCUACGUAAGGGCGCGCAGGAGACUGCGCGAGCCCGAGGCGAGGCGGCUCUUCCGGCAGGCGGCUAAAGCCGUAGCGACCUGCCACGAAUACGGGGUCGUAUUGAGAGACCUCAAGCUCCGGAAAUUUGUCUUCGCCGAUGAAGCGAGAACGCGGCUGCGCUUGGAGAGCCUCGAGGACGCGGUGAUCGUGGAGAAUGACGACGACAAGCUGACCGAUCGGCGCGGCUGUCCGGCGUAUGUCGCGCCGGAAGUGCUGCGCUCCGGACGCGCCUAUUCCGGCAAGGCGGCAGACAUCUGGUCGCUGGGCGUGCUGCUCUACACGAUGCUGGUGGGCCGUUAUCCGUUCAACGACGCCGAGCACGCGUCCCUCUUCGCCAAGAUCUCGCGCGGCCUGUUCGCCGUGCCGGAGGGCCUGAGUCCGCGUGCCAAGUGCCUGAUCCGCUCCCUGCUGCGGAAAGAGCCGUCCGAGCGACCGUACGCCGACGACGUGCCGCUGCACCCGUGGCUGUCGAAGCCGCUGCGGUUGUACACGCCCACGUCCGGCAGCAGGUCCUCGUGCCAGGACCAAAUCGUACCAGAGCUACCUAUUAAUCCUCAACAAGACUGACUCUCUCUCUCUUUCGGGGGAAGAAUCAUUAUUCCGCGCGUGACGGCAUCAUUCUCUCUCAUUCUAGUGCUUCUCUCGCGCCGACAGCCGGAUCGGAGUCCUCGAGCCGAGGAGGGGGGGGGGGAGUUAGCGCAAUCAAAAGAAGAAAAGGGACAAAAUGGACUUUCGUUCUUUUAACACAUUGACUGUGCCCGUAGAGAAGAACAGCGGAUAAGAUUGGUGGCGAAAAAGUGGCGAAAAAUUGUCCUAUGUAUAUGUCCUGAAAAUCCGGAAAAGAUGAAAUAAAAUUAUUAUCAAAAGAUGACCAAUGUUCAAUAAAAGAUUCUUAAGAUAUUUAAAGAGAUUCGUAAAGUGACCGACAGUCAAUGUGUUAAUGGCAGCUGAAUUGUAGCUUUGUAAGUUCGAAUCGCGCAGUCUCCGACUUGAAUCGACAAGUCGAAUCGAUUCUCGCGUCGCGGAGACUCUGCACGGCUAAGGAUGCUGAGUCCUCCUCUUUUCAUUGGCGAAGGACGGCCUAGAAUAAGCUUCGGGAACAGAGCGUGCGAUUAAGACACGAGACGCGAAUAAUUGUUCCCAAUGGAACUUUUACAUUUAUUAGGAGGAGAGUAACCAAAGUCUCUAUCCUAAUUGCAAUACCCUGAAUUAUUUUCUCGUUUAAACGUUGCAAUUUGCGAGUUGAAUUGGUCAAAGUUGAAACCUUGAGAAACGUGAUAUUAUAUCUCAUUAUAUAAGAAUAAGCUCGCUCUAGUCUAGAGAUAACUCGCGGUUGAAGCACCGAAACAGCGAAAAUAAUUACGGGUAUUCUCUGUAAAAUAGCGUCCCGAUUUUGGUCAUUCUCCGCUGGCAAUUUCGGAGGCAACGUGACGCAAGUGAUUAUAAAAAAAAAAAA